AUGGAAGUGCAAUUGAAGAAACAAUACCCUGAUCUUGAGGAAAAUGAUGUUGUACGACAAGCUGUUACUCCUAAACCAAAAAAAGUACUUUCUCCUCCAAGACCUAAAUCUCCUCAUUCAAGUAAAACGCAAAAUUUUAUUGAAAAAAACAAAAAACAAAUUAAAAAAACAGUUAAAAAAACCAAGGAUGAUUCUCCUCCCAUCUCUCCCACUCAUACCAUCAAACAACAACGUUCCUCUUCUGGUACUAGUGGUCAAUCAUCUUUUAACAUUACUUCACGCACACACCAUCAGCAACAACCAUCUGCUGGUAUCUUAAAAGAUACGUUGAAAAAGAAGGACUUUGCUGCUACUCGCCGUCCUCCAUCUCCACAAAAUUUCAACAAUUCUACUUCAAAUCAUAGUAAACCAACUGCUCAUGAACGUUCCCAUGUUCGUGCCACUACUCCCGAUGGUGCAUUACGCGAAGAAAAUAAAGCAUUAAAACGUUUACUUGAACAAUAUAUGGGUUUGUUGGAAGAAAAAGAGAAUGAUUUAUCUGAACUUGAAGAAAUCGUGAAUUCCUUAAAAAAAUUUAACAGUAAAUUAAUUUCUGAAAAUGAAUCCUUACGUGCUUAUCACAAAGAUCAUGAAGCUAAUGAAUUUAAUAAUAACAGUAAUGAUGACAACAACGGUUCCAAUGGCUCAUCACCUGCUUUACUUAUAAACGGUAUUGUGCAAAAUAACAAAAGGGUGUUUGGUAACCAAGUUGACAACAAAGUUGAUGAUAACAAAACUCUUGUAACUCCAUUAGAAAAUAUCGUACCACCAUCAUCUUCAUCAAAAACAACAACAACUGCUGCAAAGUCACCUGCUGCUAGUAUUAUCGCUGCUCAUACUCAACCUCAACCAAUAUUACCAAAAAUAACAGCGGCAAAAAAAUCCGCUGCUAAUACUACUGCUACUGUUCCUGUUAAAUCAACAACAACUACUACAAAAAAUGCAACUGCCCCUAAAACACCCGUUGCAACUUCUAAUAUGUCACGUGGUACGAGUCUGUUUAAUAAAUUAAACAAUAACAUCAAACCAUCUGCUUCAAUGGCUACUCCUUUACAAUCAGCAUCUUCUUUGAAACCUGAAGCCUCUCAUAAAACUUUGAUUCAUGGUAAAAAAACUGCUGCUGAUUUAAAUCAUCUUAAUAGUUCUUCUGAUUCUGAUAGUAGUGCCUUCACUAAUUCUUCAUCUGAUUACAAUGAUUCUGAUUCUGGUGAAGAUGAUUCCGAAGAUGACGACGAAAGACCAAUUGAAAAAUUUAAUAAAAAUAAUAACGAAUGGGGCCUAAAUGCUGCUUCAUUCAAGUCCGAUUUUGUUGACGAGGUUACUGAUAGUAGUAAUGAUGAGUUCGAAUAUGAACCACCUUCUUCUUCUCAACAUUAUCAAAAUAAAUAUCUCAACCAAAACAAUUUGGCUAACUCAACAACUCAUUUUAACAAACCAUCAAACUCUUUAACUUCUUCCUCCGUUGCUACAACUGCUUCGGUUGUUUCUACUUCUACUAAAUCAAAUUCUUUGGCUACCUCCUCCAACUCUUCUUCUGAUAACAAACCAAAAAAACGUAUUGAUACUAUUGCCACUCUCCAACAUUUUUUACGUCUCAUUUCUGAAAACAGUGAAUCAAAUAAAGACCCCAAAGACUUUUAUGAUCUCAAAAAAGUAAUCGAUGAAGGCUCUUCUGCUCAAGUUUUCACCGCACAUGCUUUGGGUACUAAUGAAGAAUGUGCCAUUAAAGUUGUUCCUCUCACUUACUCAUUGGAAUUUAUUUUUAACGAAAUUUUUAUCUUAAAAAACUUGAAACAUAAAAAUAUCGUUGACUUUAAGGAAAGUUUUGUAAAAUGGGACGGCAAAACUCGUGAAGUGUGGCUAGCAAUGGAAAAAUGUGCUCGCGGUGAUGUCACUAGUAGAGCUGGUAAAGUUAAUCAACGCGAAGUUAGCCGUAUUGCUCGUGAUUUGUUAGAAGCCUUAAAACAUUUGCAUCACAACGGCAUUAUUCAUCGUGAUAUCAAACUUUCAAAUAUCUUAAGUUGUGCUAACAAUGAUGUCAAAUUGGCCGAUUUUGGUAUUUCCUCCUUAACCCCAACUUCAACUACUGCAAUGGUCGGCACUAUCCCAUACAUGGCUCCUGAUGUUGUUCUCGUUGGACCUGAUAGACCUUAUGAUACAAAAGUCGACGUCUGGUCAUUGGGUGUCUGUAUCUUGGAACUUUUGACUGGUAAAGCUGCAUGGGGUCGUAUCCGCGACGAUGAAAUCAUGGAUAAAUUACGUCGUGGUGAAAUGCCAUAUGGUUUCCAACGUUUACGUAAAAAGGCCGAUAUUGGAUGGGAAGUUGUUGACUUUCUUGAAAAAUGUUUUGCCAAAAACCCUGAAAAUAGAUGGGACGCUGAAAGAUUAUUAGAGCAUCCAUUUAUCACAAAUUGUUAUUAA